CUAAUAUAUCGGAUAAAUUUGUACUGGGAAUCUUAAAUAGCUCUCGACGAACGGUGAAUUUCCAAACGUUGUAUUAUUAAAAAACCUAACGUGACACAAUGAUACAAUUUGUGUUCUGUUGGGUACUGGGAAUCUCCGUUAUCCCACUGGUGUGGGCCAACGCCAUCCCAGCCGGAGACCUGGAAUACUUCAUGCCAAACUCCACAGGGUUUCGUAUGCAGCACGGUUUUGAGACAAUAUUGGUUCAACCUUUUGGAUAUGAUGGCUUCCGUGUGCGAGCCUGGCCCUAUCGGCCGCCGACUGGGAACGAGAUCAGCUUUAUCUACGACCCGCCCCUAGAAGGAUUCGAAAAUGGAAAAGCCCAUGGAAUGAACUUCGACACUGCCUUCAAUGGUAAUCGUACCAUGGCGAUUCGCAACGGCAACAUUAUCGUGAGGACAUCUGGAUGGGGCGGUAACCCUGGAGGAUAUCGAUUGGCGUUCUACCGUGUUGAAAAGAACGAGUCGGAGACGUUGUUGACGAAUGAGUAUGCGCCCCUAAAGUCAAUCAACCCUCGAUAUUAUCGUUGGCCAGGACCAGGUAGUGAGUUUUCUGCCGAAUUCUCGUUCAGCACGACACCUGAUGAACAGAUUUAUGGAACGGGCACGCAGCAGGAUCAUAUGGUUAAUAAGAAGGGUUCGGUCAUUGAUCUGAUCAACUUCAACACCCAUAUCCCUACCCCGGUAUUUAUGAGCAAUAAAGGAUACGGAUUUAUUUGGAACAUGCCAUCUGAAGGUCGUAUGGAGUUUGGUCCGGUACGCAACAAAUUUACAGCAGACUUAGCUACUGUUGUCGACUAUGUGAUUGUUGCUGCGCCUUCAGGAGAUUAUGAUACCCUCCAGCGACGCCUAUCGGCAUUGACUGGGCGUGCUCCUCCUCCUCCACUGUUUUCAUUAGGGUUUAUCCAGUCGAAGCUACGGUACGAGAACCAGACUGAGGUUGAACUUCUAGCACAACGCUUCAAGGAUCUCAACAUUCCUGUUUCCUUAAUUGUUAUCGACUACCAGUCCUGGGCUCAUCAGGGAGACUGGCAACUAGACCCGCGCCUGUGGCCUGAUGUGGCAUCAAUGGCGGAAAAGGUAAAAGAUCUAACCGGAGCGGAAAUGAUGGCCUCUUUGUGGCCCAGCGUGGCCGAUGAUAGCGACAAUUAUCUCGAAUUAAUCGCUAAUGGCUUCUUAUCUGCAACUCGAUCUGGCCCUGGUACUACUGAUUCCUGGAAUGGGUCAUAUAUCCGCAAUUAUGACUCGACAAAUCCGGCAGCACGAGAAUUCCUCUGGAAAACACUGAAGAGAAACUAUUAUGAGAAGGGGAUUAAGAACUUCUGGAUCGACCAGGCAGACGGCGGAGCAUUAGGUGAAGCCUACGAAAACAACGGACAAAGUAGCUACAUCGAGUCCAUCCCAUUCACUCUACCCAACACACUGUAUGCGGUGGGCUCACAAUUCAGUGCCGGCAAGUUAUAUCCUUGGGCGCACCAGCAAGCCAUCGAAGAAGGCUUUCGCAAUGUUACCGAGACCAAGAUGGGCACCGAAUGCGAACAUAUCAGCCUAAGCAGGUCAGGAUACAUUGGCUCUCAGCGCUUCUGCAGCAUGAUAUGGUCUGGGGACACGACAUCAGUCUGGGAUACCCUUGCCGUGCAGGUGGCCAGUGGGUUAUCUGCCGCUGCAACCGGAUGGGGAUGGUGGACAAUGGACGCGGGUGGAUUCCAGGCUGAUCCAACUGUGCCUUGGAGUGCAAAUAUAGAUACGCCUCAGUAUCGCGAACUCUAUGUGCGUUGGUUCCAAUGGGCGACUUUCCUGCCGUUUAUGCGAACCCAUGGCUCCCGAGAGUGUAACACUCAAAACGCAUAUACCUGUAGCAAUGAGCCAUGGUCAUAUGGCGAGACAAACACUCCUAUAAUCGUCUCUUACAUUAAACUACGCUACCAACUUCAACCAUAUCUCCAAACCAUCUUUGACCAGUUCCACCAGACUGGCCGGUCGAUUAUGAGGCCGCUAUACAUGGACUUCGAGCGUACCGAUCCUCAUAUAGCGGAAAUGACUCGGAAAAACACGAAUGCCACGACUCAACAAUACAUGUUUGGACCUAGGCUUCUUGUCACGCCGGUAACAACCCCAAACGUGACUGAGUGGUCGGUGUAUCUGCCGCAAAUUGGGACGAGAGAGAUUAAGCCGUGGACAUAUUGGUGGACCAACGAGACAUAUGCAGGUGGGCAAAUCGUGACAGUACCUGCACCCAUUGAGCAUAUCCCUCUCUUCUAUCUAGGUAGACAGGAAGAUAUUUUCAGUGGUGAUGUUUUCUAGCUCCCAUUGUACCAGGUAUCGGUCUGAUAAUUCAUAUAUAUGGUUACACAGCCACCUCGUGACCACCCCUGAAAGGUCUUCUGGAUAGA